GCAUAUUAAAAGAGUCUACUUUUACCUGCAGUGUGCUUUGAAAAUGUCUGAAAAUUCCAGUGACAGUGAUUCGUCUUGCGGCUGGACUGUCAUCAAUCACGAGGGUUCUGACAUAGAGACAGUGACCUUGGAAAAUGGAAGCACAAAUGACAACCAUGAGUUUGUUUCAGAAGAAUAUGUUUCCUUGCAAGAAGAGGAGCAGGCAAUUGAUGUGCAAGCUCAGUGCAACAAUGAUGAAGAGAUCCCAGCAGUAGAUAACACACUAUCUGGUUUUGAGGAAACUCAGACAGUUCCAGAGGAAAAUAAAGAAAAAGUUCCUGAUGAUGGCUCCUGCAUUGGAACUAUUAGUGAUGAUUCUGACAUUGUUACACUUGAAGCUCCAAAACCAGAAGAAACUCAGAGUCAGGAGGAAGCUCCUGCUGAUGGUGAAGAAGCUCAGAGUUCAGAGGAUUUUAACAUGGGUUCCUCCUCUAGCAGUCAGUAUGCGUUUUCCCAUGUAGAAACUGUGUUCCCCUCGCAGGGCAGCCCCGAGGAGUCGAGCAGCGACGAGAGCAGCAGCCAGGCAGUUCGGCAGCGGCCUCAACAGGUGCAUCGUCCUGGCGCUGGUGAUCGCCAUCAGCAUGGGCUUCGGGCACUUCUACGGUACAGUGCAGAUCCAGAAACGGCAGCAGCUGGUGACAAAGACACGUGAAUUAAAGGAUCUGAAAGAUGACCUUUACCAGUGCCAACAAGAGCAAGGAGAUCAAGUGCACCACAAAGGGGGGUCACUCAAGGGAGAUCUUGACACGUGUUUGACCUUUACUGAGGUGGAGAAGAAAUCCUUUGAUUCUCAAAAAAAAAGUCUUGCUGCAGAAAAUCAGCACCUAAGAGAAUCUCUAGAGAAAGAAGAAAAAGCUUUGGCCUCACUUCAGGAAGAAUUAAGGAAGCUAAGACAACAAAUUAGAAACUUAGAAGAUAAAGGUAGUAGCACUGAAUCUAUUGUAAUAGAAAAUCAGAAACUAAGGGAGCAUUUGGAAGAGGAAAAGCAAAGGAACAGCAAUUUUCUCAGGCAAAAGGAAACACUCUUUGCAGAGGCACAGAUGCUAAGGCGAGAACUGGACAAGGAACGUCAUGUUACAGAAGCUCUGAAGAAAGAACUGGAACAGUUAAGUUCUCGUCAAACACCUGAGAGUGCUGCUGCUGAUGAUGAUGAGACAUUAAGAGAAAAUCAAGAAAUAGAAACUCUGCGAGGAAGACUGGCAGAACUGGAAAAGAAGCUGAACUUUGAGCAGCAACGCUCUGACUUAUGGGAGAAGCUGUAUGUUGAAGCAAAAGACCAAUCUGAAAAACAAGAAAUUUAUGAAAGUGGACAGAAGAAAGGUUUUAAAGGGCAAAGUAAGAGUAGAAAGAAAUCAAAGGAGACAUUUUUUGGUUCAGUGAAAGAAACUUUUGAUGCUAUGAAAAAUUCCACAAAAGAGUUUGUAAGACACCAUAAAGAAAAGAUUAAGCAGGCUAAAGAAGCAGUGAAAGAAAACUUGAAAAAAUUCUCUGAUUCUGUAAAGUCUACAUUCAGACACUUCAAAGAUACCACAAAAAACAUCUUUGAUGAAAAAGAGAAGUCAUCAAGUGACAAAAGAUAUGAGGCAAACAAGAAAGCUCGAACUUUUUACCGAGACCAUAACUCCUACGAGAAUCUGAAGCACAUGCAUUACAGGGGACCUCACAUGCCCAAAGAAUCCAGAAAUGGAAGGAAACAUCAUUUUACAACAUAUGAAAAAGAUUCAGAUUCCCAGAAAUGUCUCAAUGAUCAUUUGUGUAAUAGAAAACAUCAGUUUGCCCUAAAGGGCUGCUCUGGUAUUUUUGAAUGUGCUCAUCAAGAAUUCCUUAGUCUCUUUAACAGAGUUUCGGAUCCCAUCAGGGUGGAUGAAUUUAACCGGCUAAUGAGAAAGUAUUUGCAGCAAGUUGUGCAUAACUUUCAUCACUGGAGAGAACUAGAAAAUUUCAUCAAUAAGUUUUUUCAUAAUGGAUUGUUUAUACAUGACCAGAUGCUGUUCACCGAUUUUGUUAAUGAUGUCAAGGAUUACCUGGAAGAUAUGAAGGAAUACCAAAGUAAUAAUGAGAAGGUUUUUGAGGAUUUGGACAAAUAUGUCUACAGAUACUACUUCCAUUAUGAUAAUUCACCCCAGUAUGGACCCAGUCGACCUAAAAGACCUUUUACACAAACUGAAAAUUCCAGACAUGAAAAACAAGCUCAGAAGUACCAACACCGUAAUAAAAGAGAAGGAAAGCCUGCUAGAAAAAGAAGCACUUAUCCUGUUUGAUCCUGUCUGGAGCAGAUAUUCACCAGCCACCAUUGUCUGAAUUCAUGGACUUCAUUAAAGAUUUGAGGGGUUAAAAGGUA